CAGGCACAUCACAUGGCGCGCGAUUCAGGAAGAGAAAUUUGAAAUCAACUUCGAUCACUUCAAACUGAUAUAUUUUGAAUUAUUUUGAAUAGAAAUCGCAGCGUUUUAAAGAUAACGAAGGAUACUUCAUCGUGGUUCAUUCUUGUUGUGAGAACAACUCGUUGCAAGUAUGAAUUUCGAAGCAAACGCCCAGAACUUGCAAGUGCUUGCCGGUAGAUUACAGGAAACCCUCAGCUCGGAAGAUCAACUCAGAAGAGACGCUGAGAAGUUUCUUCAAACAAUAGAAGGCAAUAGUAAUUACUCAUUGCUCUUGCUUCAUAUUGUUGAGAAUGGUUCGUUUGACAGCAUGAUCCGGUUGGCAGCGGCCAUCACGUUCAAGAAUUUUGUGAAACGACAGUGGCGCGUGGUUGAUGGUGAUCCUAACAAAACACAAGAAGACAGGGAAAGCAUUAAAGUUUUGAUAAUUGACUUGAUGUUGAAGAGUCCACCGCAGUUACAAAGCCAGUUGAGUGAUGCUGUCAGUAUCAUUGGCAGAGAAGAUUUUCCAAGAAAAUGGCCAAAUCUACUACCAGAAAUGGUUAAAAAAUUUGGCUCCGGAGACUUCCAUAUCAUCAAUGGUGUCUUGAAAACUGCUCAUUCCUUGUUCAAAAGGUACCGCCAUGAAUUCAAGUCCCAGGAGCUUUGGGAAGAAAUCAAAAUUGUUUUGGAUGGAUUUGCGAAGCCGAUAACAGAAUUACUUCAGUCAACAAUGGAUCUGGCAAAUCAGCACAGCAACGAUCCAGAAUCGCUGAAGGUUCUGUUCAGUUCUUUGACAGUGAUCUGCAAGAUUUUCUACAGUUUAAACUCGCAGGACCUUCCGGAGUAUUUUGAAGAUAAUAUGGAGGUGUGGAUGAAACAUUUCUUGGUCAUAUUAACCACAGACAAUAAACUAUUAAAAACAGAGGACGACGACGAAGCGGGUCCACUUGAAUUGAUUAAAUCACAAAUAUGUGAUAAUGUCUCGAUGUACGCUCAAAAAUAUGACGAGGAAUUUCAGCCUUAUCUACCUGGAUUUGUUAGUGCAAUAUGGAACUUGCUCACCACGAUUGAAAAUAGAGUGAAAUAUGACUUGCUUGUCAGCAACGCAAUCCAAUUCUUAACGUCCGUGUGUGAGAGAUCUCACUACAAGGGCCUGUUUGAAGAUCAAAGCAAUCUGCAAAGCAUUUGCGAGAAAGUUAUAGUGCCUAAUAUGGAAUUCAGAGAUGCCGAUGAAGAGGAAUUUGAGGAUAAUCCUGAGGAAUAUAUCAGGAGAGAUAUCGAGGGCUCAGAUGUGGACACUCGCCGCCGCGCUGCUUGUGAUUUUGUGCGUGGUUUGUGCAAAUACUUUGAGGAACCUGUGACCGCGAUCUUUUCACAUUACGUCACAAUGUUACUAGAGCUUCACGCUGAAGAUCCGGCCAGAAACUGGAAGAGCAAAGACUGUGCUAUUUACUUGGUCACCUCGCUAGCUACGAAAAAACAAACUGCUAAACACGGAGCUACACAGGCCAGUGAACUGGUGAAUUUAACCGAUUUCUUCAACAAUCAAAUAUUACCUGAACUCAAGAAUCCUAACAUCGACUUGACUCCUGUGCUGAAAGCUGAUUCUUUGAAAUACGUAGCUGCCUUUAGAAAUAUGCUCUCUCGUGAGAUAUUAAUCGGAUGUCUUCCUUAUCUAAUAAACUACUUAAAAGCAAAGUCAGUUGUGGUCCACACGUACGCCGCUUACGCCAUCGAAAGAAUAUUUACUUUGAAAAAUCCAGGUGGAGGAGCACCAAUCACUCGAGCAGAGGUGAAGCCAGUGUUGGAAGACUUGCUUUUGAAUUUAUUCAAAGCUUUGGAACUUCGUGGGUCUGAAUUGAACGAGUAUAUGAUGAAGGCAAUAAUGCGGACAUUUUCAAUGAUGCAAGAUGAUAUGUCCCCGUACAUGACACAAUUACUCAGUCAACUUAUCGCCAAGUUAGCAGCUGUCAGCAAGAGUCCAAGCAGGCCACAGUUCAAUCAUUAUCUCUUUGAAUCACUUUCAUGCGCUAUACGAUUCACGGGGACAAGCAGUGAGAAACUAGGAGAAUUUGAACAUGGAUUGUUUCCAAUAUUUACCGAAAUUAUUCAACGUGAUGUUACAGAGUUUCUUCCCUAUGUCUUUCAAGUCUUGUCCCUUCUCCUGGAGCUUCGAAAAGAUGAAGUACCAGCGUCGCAUUUGGGCCUCUUUCCUUUCUUACUCUCAGCCGCCCCUUGGGAGAGACAAGGUAAUAUUCCUCCAAUGGUUCGACUUCUUCAAGCCUAUAUCAAGAAAGCUCCAGGAAUGGUUACAGAUGAACACAGACUGGGAGGAUUGUUAGGAGUGUUUCAAAAGCUGAUUGCCUCCAAGACAAACGACCAUGAAGGAUUUUACAUAUUAAACACUUUGGUGGAAACCGUGGAUCAAUCAGCUUUGGCGAGACAUAUGCAACAGAUAUUUAUAUUAUUGUUUCAAAGAUUAAGCAGUUCAAAGACCACUAAGUAUGUAAAAGGCUUGUUGGUUUUUCUCUCUUUAUACGCGACCAAGUAUGGCGCUGCCACAUUGGCAGAAAUCGUUGAUUCGCUGCAGAAAAAAUUGUUCGGGAUGGUUUUGGAAAAAUUAUUCAUCGCUGAAGUCCAGAAAGUUUCUGGCAAUACAGAGCGAAAGAUAUGUGCCGUUGGCAUUACAAAUAUUUUAACACAAUGUCCGGUCAUGUUGUCGGAGUAUAAUAACUGCUGGGCGCCUCUGUUGACUGCGCUCCUUAAGGUGUUUGAAUUACCUGAAGACACGUCCACGCCUGAUGACGAACACUUUAUUGAAAUAGAAGACACGCCUGGUUAUCAAGCAGCUUACUGUCAACUGGCCUUUGCUGGCUCAACAGAUCACGAUCCUUUUUCAACUACAAUUCCUGAUGCAAAGAUCUAUCUUGCGCAAUGUUUAAAUAAACUCUCAACUGCUCACCCAGGAAAAGUUACACCGAUGAUAAAAUCCAGUUUACCACCAGAUGCUUUAGCAUGUCUCGAGAAGUAUUUCACAGCCGCAGGAGUUGCACUGUCCUAGCGAAGCGGACAAUGUGUCGUGCGUUUAACGAGAAGAUAUUCCGUGCUACCGCUUGAAAAGUUCGUGGUCACGUGUAGGAAAAACGUGCAGGCGAAUCCGACGUCUCGUGUUCUAGAUAGAUAGAUGGCAGUAUCGUAAAAUAUGCUAAAGGUGGCGGUUCAUCUCAGAUCUUUAAUAUAGUUUCCAAAAAGACUGCCAUUCUAAAAGCGCGGGAAAAACUCCUGGGCUAAAGAUUACCAUAAAACCAUUAUAAGUUUUUAUUUCUUUCACACCCAAGUGAUGGCGAAUGCUUAGGAGUAUUUUUUGUAUAGGUAUAAACUAAUUUUGGUGGUAGCAUUUUUUUGGGGUUAAAAAAUAACCCGUUUAAACGAGACAAAAUAUGGUUCAACAUCCUCUACGAUGAUGCAAAAUGCUUGUUGUAAAUCGUAUUUUCCGAGAAUCAUUGAAAAUCGGUCAACAGCAGUCCAACAUAUAGGGCUCUCCUCUCAAAAGGGGCCACCGCAGCCAAAUUAGCUGGAAGAUUGUAUAAGCUUAUAUGCUAAAAAUAUAUGCUAUGAAAUUAAAAAACAGAGCAAAAAAUAUGUAUUUGU